AUGCCCAUCUGCUCCAUCAAGGACAUCGAGAACAAGUCGUACGACUACGUCGUCGUCGGCGGCGGGACCGCGGGCCUUACACUCGCAGUGCGCCUCAGCGAAGACGCGCGCAAGUCGGUUCUAUGCUUGGAGGCCGGCAAUGCCAAUCUCAACGAUCCCGCCAUCUUGCGUCCCGCGUCUUGGGGAUCUCAUUUCCAGAACGACAAGUAUGAUUGGAAGCAUAAGACGGUUGCCCAGAGAUUCGCGGGGGACAUUGAACACGGGUGGUCUCGCGGUAAAGGUCUGGGAGGGAGCAGCGCUAUCAAUCUCAUGUUGUGGACUGUCCCCCCGGCGAAAGAGAUCGACGACAUCGAAAGGCUGGGAAACCCAGGUUGGAACUGGAAGAAUCUGGACGCCAGCUUGAAGAAGCUUGAGGGGUACAUCGCGCCCACGGAAGAAAUUGCUUUGAAGCAGGGUCUCAAGGUGGAAAGUUGGAAAUUGGGAACAUCAGGUCCCCUGCGCCACUCCUUCUCCGGAGUCUUUGUUGGUGCCGAAAGGGCUGUACACGAGGCGCUUCACAACACCGGUUUCCCGUACGCUAAGGAUCCUCUCGGAGGCGAUCCGACAGGUCUAUACUUUACCACACAAUCCGUGGAUUCUCAAGCGUACACGCGCUCCUACUCUGCCUCGGCUUUCUAUAUUCCCGCUCAGGACCGUCAGAACCUCACCGUCGCCGUCGACGCACUUGUAAGCCGUGUCGUCACUAAACAGGUCUCUGGGAAAGUCGUAGCAAAUGCCGUCGAGGUUCUCCAUGAGGAUCAGACCUAUACGGUUCGAGUGGGCGGCGAGGUCAUCCUAUCGGCUGGCGCACUCAAGUCACCUCAGAUUCUCGAGCUCUCGGGCAUCGGCAGGAAAGAAGUGCUGACCUCACUCGGGAUCCCUGUUAUUGUCGACCUUCCCGGCGUCGGGGAGAACAUGCAAGAGCAUAUAUUUGUCCCUAUUCCAUUCGAGUUGAAGGCCGAUGUGGACUUUGACACUGUCGAUGCUCUCCAAGAUCCUGGGUUGGCCGCGAAGCAUCUCAAGCUCUACGAAGAACAGCAGGGUCUGUAUACGACAGGUCUCAUGGGUCUAGCCUUCGGCCCACUGCAGAUGUACUCGAAACGCGCCGACGAAAUACAGCAAGCCGCAAUCGAGAAGAUUGAGGCGAACAAGGAUAAGUACCCACCCGGUCUAUACGAGCAGUACCGCUUGCAGAUUCAGCGGUUGAAGGAAGGCGCGCCUGGUUGUGAGAUCUUGAACGUCCCCGGUUAUGUGUCCUUCCAGACGCUUCGCACUCCCGGGAAGAAGUACUUCUCACUGUUACCGUCGAUGAAUCAUCAGUUUUCGCGCGGUCGGACCCAUAUCGUCUCGACGGACCCCAAGCUUGAUCCCAGUUACGACCCGGCGUAUCUUGAGGAGGAGAUCGAUCUGGAGACGUUCUUGGAGUGCGUCAAGUUCGUACGCUCACUGGCCGCAGUCGAACCGUGGACCCGCAUGGUCGCCGCGGAGGUCCUACCUGGCCCAGAGUGUACAACGGACGACCAGCUCACAAAGUGGGUAAAGAAGCACAUGAUGACGACGUUCCACACCGCCGGGACUUGUUCAAUGCUACCGCGGGAGAUGAGCGGCGUCGUGGAUUCGAACCUCGUGGUGUAUGGCACUUCGAACGUCCGGGUCUGCGAUCUCAGUAUUCUCCCUCUGCACUUUGCUGCGCACCCUCAAGCCAUGGUCUAUUCGUUCGCCGCGCGUGCUGCCGAAAUCAUUCUAGAUCAGGCGAAGUAG